AUGGUGGGACCAGAGCAAAUUCACGAGACUUCAUUACCCAUUCGAGACCGAAUGGAGGCUCUCGUUCGCUUGAAACAACAAGAGAUCACCGAGGCAAUUGCCGCAUUGGACACGGUGGGGUUCCACACCGAUGCAUGGACACGAGGCAAUAAUGGCGGCGGCGGCCAGUCGAUGGUUCUACAGAACGGGACCACGUUUGAAAAAGGCGGAGUCAACGUUUCCGUCGUGCAUGGUAAACUACCACCUCAAGCCGUCGAGAGAAUGAGAGCAGACCAUUCGAAUUUGAAGGGCAGCGCCAAGGAUGGCAGUGUUGAUUUUUUCGCAUGUGGGUUGUCGUUGGUUAUCCACCCACGUAACCCUCAUGCUCCCACUACCCAUUUGAACUAUAGGUACUUUGAGACGACGGACCCCGAGACGAAACAAGUGCAGGCGUGGUGGUUUGGCGGCGGCGCCGACUUGACGCCAUCGUACUUGUAUGAGGAAGACGCCAAGUUGUUCCACCAGAAGCAUAAGGAGGCAUUGGACAAAAGCGACGAAACGUUGUACCCCAAGUACAAGAAGUGGUGCGACGAGUAUUUUUUGAUCAAGCACCGUGGGGAGACGCGUGGUAUAGGCGGCAUUUUCUUUGAUGAUUUCGAUUCCAAGCCCGCUGAUGAGAUUUUGCACAUUGUGGAAGACUGCUUCGAUGCGUUUAUUCCCGCGUACUGUCCAACUAUUGAGAAACGCAAGGACACUCCGUUCACUCCUGAGCAAAAGAAUUGGCAGCAGAUUAGAAGAGGCAGGUAUGUCGAGUUCAACUUGGUCUUGGACAGGGGCACGCAGUUUGGUUUGCAGACCCCAGGCUCGAGAAUCGAGAGUAUCUUGAUGUCGUUGCCUGCUACUGCGAGCUGGGUAUACGACCAUCACCCGGAACCAGGCUCAGAAGAAGAUAAGUUGUUGCAAGUUUUGAAAAAGCCAGUUGACUGGGUCUAG